GCUCUAGUACGGGUACUUGCUGAUAGGGCUCACACUAGUGCAGGAGAAGAAACACGACCCAACGUCCCCACCAUAAUCAAUAUCAGCAACCACGGUGCGAGAACCCUUCUAAAAUAGCAAUUAUGAGGUGGCAAGUGUGCGUUCCAUGGUGCAGAGCAAAUUAUGCCUGCAAUCUAUGAGCCCUGCCAUAUCUUUGCAGAAUGGUCAGCAUGAGAGGCAAGAUGGUGUUCGCUCGAUGGCUUACAUCUCAUCACGUCCCAGUACGCACCAGCAUCCCCUGACUGCUGCAUGCAUGCCGAUACCUUCCGGCUUGAUGAUUGGCUUUAUCAAAAGUUGGUUUUACGAGUUGCUAGGGCAAUUGACCUAUCAUAUCCCAAGCUCGGCUGCAUUGUGCUUGCCUUUUCGAGCGAGCGUGCUCUCACCCACAUACCACGAGACCCACUCUUACGAGAACUUGCCGUCGGUGGAGGAAGAUGCAGGUCAUCACCAGCAUCACCAGCCCCAGGGACUAUCAAGGAACGAAGUCGGAGUCUUCUCCACCCCGUUACCUAGCGUAUGCAACCUUAACCGUCGUUCGAGCUGCAUGGAGCUCCAGAAGGGUGGGUGAGUGUUUAGUGGCUCACCCAGAAGAUGCAUAUUAGGAUCGACUCCCCCUCUCGAAUUGACCUGUUUCCCAUCAGCCAUAAAAGGUCGUUCCAGCAACAGCUGUAACUCGCUCUCUACGGUUGCACAUUUACUUUCGUUCACCACCCGUGCCUCACUCGUUCGAGCACUGGACCAACCGUCACUGGCAACAGGAUGAAGGUCACUACCACAUUAUUCGCCCUCAUGGGCGCGGCUGUCGCUG